UAUAUAUCCCCUCGUGCCACUCACGUGACAGCGAUUUAUUAUGCCUGCCAGAUUAUUGAAUGAAAUUAUUUUCUUACCCCUGUGGAGACUGAUAAAUGCCUACGUAUCAGACAUGCAGAUUUCGCCAUCCACCAACACUCUGCAACUCCGUCGCCGGAAUUUGAGAAAUGCCUGACGCCGGUCAAGUUUCCGAUGGAUUUUCCGAUAGGCGUCGAGAGCUUGGGAAUACAGAGCAGAACUGGUGCCGUGCGGUGUCGUCCGGUACCGGCGUCACCGUGCUGGCGCUUCAGAUGGCGAAAUCGCCGUCGGAGACCUCCGUACUUUCCGAUAUCCUUCUGAAGAUUCAGAAAUCUCAUCCUAUACUCCGAUCUAAGCUCCAUUAUUGCAGGAACUCGAAGAAUUUCUCGUUCCUCAUCGCGUCUGCUCCUCGGCAGGUUCGUCUCGAGGUUCACGAUGCUCGAGCGACGGCUGAGAUUCUCCGAAAUCUCUCCGCCGGAGGUUUCCCUAGCCUAUCUCCGCUUCAAUUGAUCUUAGAAAAGGAAUUGAACGCCAACAACUGGUCAGAUCCUGGCGAUUUCCCCUCCGACGGCGUCGAGGUGUUCUACGCUAGUGUAUACGCCUUGUCCGACGCGAGAGCCGUCGUGGUGCUGCGGUUCCACACCUCGGUCUGCGAUAGGACCACGGCGGAGGAGCUUCUGAUGGAAUUGAUGGAGCUGGUGGAGGAGAAGGAAGGAGGAGCGGCGAAAAAGGAAAUCGAAAACGAAGGGGAAGGGGAAAAGGGGAUCGAAAGUCUGAUACCUAACGGAAUGGGGAAGAAGACGUUAUGGUCACAUGGAAUGGACAUGUUGGGAUACUCUCUCAACUCCUUUCGGUUAACAAAUUUGAAAUUCAAAAACACGAAAUCCGCGAGGCGUUCGGAGGUCGUCAGAUUUCAAAUCAACGCGCGCUGCACUGCCUCCAUUCUCGCUAUUUGCAAAUCCAAAGGAAUUAAACUGUGUGGAGCUCUAGCAGCAGCUGCAUUACUUGCUGCUCGUUCUACGAAAUCCCAAAGCUCCGACAAGAAGAAAUACGGCGUCGUGACUCUCACCGAUUGUCGCUCCAUUCUCGAUCCACCUCUUCCUGCUCAUCACUUCGGUUUCUACCACUCGGCGAUCCUCAACAUCCACAGCGUGAAGGGCACAGAAAACCUGUGGGACUUAGCCAAGAUUUGCUACUCAGUGUUCGAAGAGUACAAGAAGUGCAACAGACACUUCUCGGACAUGGCUGAUCUCAACUUCCUCAUGUCCAAAGCCGUCGAUAAUCCGAGCCUCACGGCAUCCUCGUCCCUCCGCAGCGCCUUGAUCUCCGUCUUCGAGGACCCCGUCAUCGACAACUCCAAGAAAAUGCAGCAGAAGAUUGGCGUUGAGGACUACAUCGGCUGCGCAUCAGCCCACGGCAUUGGCCCUUCCAUUGGCAUGUUCGACACCGUCCGCAACGGCGAGCUCGAUUGCGCCUGCGUCUAUCCCGCUCCUCUGCAUUCCCGGGAUCAGAUCACCGAGCUCGUCGACCGUGUCAAAAGGCUUCUAAUCGACGGAUGCUUCUAGAAGUUUCUAGAUUCUCGACUUUGUAUCGAUAUUAACUAGGUACUAUCUAUAUACCUAUAUAUACCCUGAGAUCAUCUGUUCCAAAAAUAAAACCUAUCUCCAUAUCUCUACACACAUAAUGUAUAUAUAUAUACACACACGUAUGUAUGUCUUAUACACUACAUGUGUGAGGAUAGGAGGAUAGAAUUUAUUUUUGGGACAGAGGAUCCGAUCUGAUAUAUAUAUAUUUCUACUAUGUUAAAAAAGGCUGCUCUUUUGAGCUUGAGUACUUUGUUACGACGGCGCGGCGAUCAUUUUACAUCGAAAACUUUGA